ACUCCUUACCAGUUGGUGGCGGAAAUAUAACAUUUUGUUGUUUGUCAAGCGCCAAUAACAUUUCAAGAAGAAGAAGAACGUAAACGUGUUGUAAAGUCGCGUUUGACCGCUAGAGGGAGCUGUACGUCACUUAAUUCUGAGUCUGCGCAGCCGUAUGUUGUCUCCGCCAUAUUGAACUUCUCACAGAAGUGAUCACUGUCUUUAAUCGAAGACGGGUUCUAAAAUUCAUUUUUUUUAAAAACUUAAUUAGCGUUUUAAAGUUAAGUCUGGUUUGUAGUGUUUGCUGUGUAGAGAGCAAUGGGGAAGAGGUAUUUCUGCGACUACUGUGACCGCAGUUUUCAAGACAAUCUUCAUAACAGAAAGAAACACCUAAACGGCGUCCAGCAUCACCGGGCGAAAAAAGCCUGGUUUGAGUUUUUCAGAUUUAGUGACGCUGCCACAGUUUUAAAUGAGGAGCGGACAAAGGAGCCCUGCAGAAAGUUUCUCCAGACAGAGGGCAAGCUUAAUGCUGAGGCUGAGGGCUGUUGGCGUACAUUUGGAGACCCUGACCGAGACGGAUCAUCUAAUGAGCGCAGCAUUGAUGAAUGGCUCUCCAGAAGAGAGAAGAAACUGGAUGCUUUGACAUCAGGAAGAGUUUUAAACGUUGAAGAGGAAGAAUGUGCUGAAACCAUUGAGAUACCUCCGUAUUUGUUGUCUAUUCCAGAUCUUCCUCCAUCUCUUCAUCCCCCACCAACUGGUGGAUGGAGAGUGACCGUACACAAUGAAUGGGGUUGAAAUGUAAUUUAUAAAAGUUUUUUUUUUUUUUUAAAGACCAUGCUGCUAACUAUUAUCAUUACUAAGUCUUUUUAUGUAAAUCUUUAAAGGAAUGUUUCACACAAAAAUAAAAAAAAUUGUUGAUAAUUUGUUCCUUGUAAUGUAAUUUUUCCAAAUCUAUUCCAUCACUUGCUUACCACUAGAUCCUCUGUAUUGUAUAAGUGCAAUCCAUUCGUAAGCAAGUAAUGCAAAAUUUCUCCAAAUCUGACCCGACGAAGAAACAAACUCAUCUACAUCUUGAAUGGCUUGAGGGUGAGUAAAUGUUCAGAUAACUUUCCUCUUUGAAUUAAACUAUUUCUAAAAGGGAGAACAAUAUGCAUGUGUAUCAAAUUGUAAAGCAAUACAAGUUGAGGUGCAUGGUAAAAAAAAAUGCAAUGAACUUGUAUGGCUUGAACAGAAAUCAUGUUUUGCAUGAAUAAACAAGUUUACUUUGUGGACAGUUCAUAGGAAUGUUUUUAAUAAAUCCACUGCAGUGAAUUUCAUAAUGUGGAGUUGUAAUUUGUCCGUCCAGAAAAGAACACAGUGUUAUUUUUCCUUAAAAGGUAGGAGUUAACACAAUUGAUUGUGUUUAUUUGGUGUCUAUCAAGAAGUUAACAGUGUUGCCAAGCUGAACGUUGGAGAGACUAUGGAGAGAGUUAUUGUUUUUGUCUGCCUUCUGUGUCAGCGUUUUAGAUUGAAAUUCAGAUGAGUGUUUUCAAUUGAGUCCUGAUUGCUUGUUGCAGGAAUGUUUUGUACUGCUAGCUUGCAUGGCCUUUGUGAAAUCCUCUUGUCUGCACUGAUGAAUGUUACACUUGACUGGGAUGCAUUACAUUUACUGGCCUGGUGAUGAAAGCUCUUAUUGGCUAUGCGUUAGAGAAAGAUAAAGCAAAUUAGUUGUCUAAAAGCCUCUGUGUCACUGCUAGAUACUUUUUCCUGGUCUAGUUGUGUUUAGUAACUUAAUACCAGCAUCAGUAAUCCGCUCAUGGAAUAAUUAAAAACAAAAAUUGUUAAAAGACCCAUUCCACCAAAGCAUUUAUUUUAUAUGCAUACUUGUGUGGAAAUAUGACCAAAUAAAUUCAGCCAAACCAG